GAUUUAAAUGUCAAAAUGUUGAAGUCAUAAGAUUGAAUUUUGAUUACAUUUAAAUGUAAUUUUUACUAUGGAAAAUGGUUGAACAAACAGAAGAUAUGGACAAACUGUGCGAAACUCUCGAUAAAUUAACCCUUGAUGCCUUACUUUUAUUACAAGAAGAAAUCGAGAUGAAGUUGAAUAUUGAAAAUGCGAUGUGCGAGGGGGAAAGUCAUCUGAUAAAAUCAAGAUACAUCCUCGGUGUAAAUCAAGUUUCAUCCCUACAACUUCCAACAGAAAAUAGUGAAGAAUUCUCUUCGUGUUUUAAAGUGAACGGCAGUGAAACGAUAUUAGGUAGAAAAAUAUUCGAUCUGUACGAAAUUAAAAAAUCUGAUGAUAACAAUGUGGUAGAACCCCUAUGGUGGUUCGGUCGUCUUUCUCCUCAGUACCUCGUUUUCGCACAGAAAAUGUUUAGACAAGCUUUACAGUGGACAGUUAAGGCAGCAAAUGUACAAAACCGAUUACAAGACGUUUUGCAAGGGAUUUCAGUGUUGAAAGAAGUUAAACACAAAAUGACUUUGAAAGAAUAAAUUGAAUAUUACGUCUAUUAUUACUGUUAUGGUGUUAUCUAUACUAAUCUGUUUUGCUUAUAUGUGUUUAUAUACAUUUGAAGUUCUUUUCAGUUCAAUAUAGUUAAUUUAUGUGCUA